AUGAUAGUUCGGCAAAUUCAAGCAGUUGUAGGUGAUACUUUGUACUAUCGAGAAUGGAUAGUAGUUCGAGAAAUUCAAGCACUUAUAAGUUGCACUUUGUACUAUAGAGAGUGGAUGGUAGUUCGGAUAGUUCAAGCAGAAAUACGGAGGUUUUCGAUAAUUUAUCGGCUACCAAUGAACUUUCCAUUGUUUGUUCCGACAUAUGAAAUUAAUGGUCGCAUUUAUAGGCGUAAUAUUCAAGGGAUACUAAGAAAUGAAUAUGAGGUAAAUUUUGGAACCAGUGAUACAGCCGAUUUAUACGGUGAGAGCGAUUCUUGUAAUUCAGCUGCGGAUACGUUAGACAGCUCCGAUGAGACCACGUCAAUGACUAGUGAAUCGAGUAAUCUCUUAACAACAGAUGUGACUGAUGAAACAGAUGAUCAGUUAAAACGAGACGAGGAAUUUGUUAUAAAUUAUAACACAAAAACAAAGAAAUGGACAGCCAAAAUUAAAAUUCCCGUUCCCCUAUGGCGUUUUGUAAUCGGGCCGAAAGGAUCAAUGAAGAAGAAAAUUGAAGAAGAAACGAGUUGCCGGUUAAAUUUUCCGGUGAAGAAAAAAAAGAGACGUCCUAUAG